GGCACCAUGAGCGACUAUGAAGAGGCAACCUCCUUCCUGGGAGAAUGGGGCCGGUUCCAGCAGCAGGUGUUUCUCCUCCUCUGUCUCACCGUGGUGCCCAACGGCUUCGCCGCACUCUCCAUCGUGUUUGUGGCCGACACGCCGCUGCACCGCUGCGUCGUGCCGGCGCGCGUAAACCUCACGGCGGCGUGGAGGAACAGCAUCAUCCCGCUUGAGGAGGACAGCGGUGGAGAGUUGGGGCCCAGCAAGUGCCUCAGAUACAAACUGGAUGAUCUGCUGAGCUUCUCCGAGAGAGCCUUGGUGCCCGGCGUCGACGUGAAUCUGAGCGAGGUGCCAAAAGAAGGCUGCCUGGACGGGUGGGACUAUGACCAGAGCCUCUACACCUCCACCAUCAUAACUGAGUGGAACCUGGUGUGUGAUGACAGUUGGAAGAACCCGUUGACUUCCUCUGUCUUCUUCUUCGGGGCUCUCGCCGGCUCCAUCAUUUCAGGACAGCUCUCCGACAGGUAUGGGAGGAAAAUCGUGUUGUUUGUCAGCUUGGCCGGCCAGACGGUGUUUGCCCUCAUCAUGGUGGUUUCUCCAUCCUGGCCCGUGUUCUGCGCUUUGUACUUUGUCGUCGGGAUGACACAAAUCUCCAAUUAUGUGUCUGCAUUCGUGUUAGGGACAGAGAUUCUCGGCCCACGUGUGCGGACCAUUUUCUCCACGAUGGGUGUGUGUCUUUUCUUUUGCGUGGGCUACAUGGUGCUGCCGCUGGUGGGCUACUUCAUCAGAGACUGGAGGAUGCUCACCCUCGCCCUCAACCUGCCUGGCUUGCUUUGUUUGCCUUUCUGGUGGCUCAUCCCGGAGUCUCCUCGCUGGCUGCUCUCUCAGGGACGGGUGGAGGAGGCCGAGGCCAUAGUGAGAGACGCUGCUAGGAGGAACAACAUCGAGCCUCCGCCAGUCAUCUUCAGUCCCCUGCAGAAUAAAAGCCAGUCCGAGGAGAGAACGACCCACAACAUCUGCGAUCUGCUGCGAUCACGAAACAUCUGCGGGACUUCGCUCACGCUGUGGCUGGUGUGGAACAUCCUGACCAUUGGCUACUUCGCGCUGUCCCUGAACACAGCGAACCUUCACGGCAACCCGUACUUCAACUGCUUCCUGUCGGCCGUGGUCGAGCUGCCCGCCUACAUGUUGUCGUGGGUUCUGUUUCGCUGGGUUUCCAGACGACUGAGCAUCUUCUCCACGCUCUCCAUGGGAGGACUGUCUCUACUGUUCAUACAGCUCAUCCCAGCAAACCUGAUUCCUGUCGCCAUAACGCUGGAGAUGAUGGGGAAGUUUUCCGUGUCGACAGCCUUCGCCUUUGUGUACGCCUACACAGCAGAGGUCUACCCCACCGUGCUGAGGAACACAGCCAUUGGCGCCUGCUCCAUGGCCUCCAGAUUAGGCAGCAUCAUCGCCCCGUACUUCAUUUACUUGAGAAGCUAUUCCGUGUCGCUGCCUUACAUCCUCAUGGGAAGUUUGAUGACUCUGGUGGGGUUGCUGAGUCUCCUGCUGCCCGAGACCUAUGGAAUGCCUCUGCCCGACACCAUCACUCACAUGCAGCCCUUCCCUGGAUGCUGUCAGAAGAAACCUUACACAGCAGCACACACCGAGGAAGACGAGGACAUUUCCAGUGAAAAGAAAAAUCCAGUGGUCACUUGA